GUUAACCCCAUGACUGUGAUGAUGGUUUCACUGUGUGAGAGAGAGAGAGCAUGAUCCUAAGACUAUUUAUAUGUUUCAGUGUCUUAAUGGUUGUCACUGAAGGAGCAGCAGUGAAAGUUCAUCCAGGAGGAAACACAACACUCCCCUGUAGCAUUAAAAAUGAUACAGAGAUUAACUGGAUCAUUACGAAUGGAAACCAAACAUUUGUUAGAAUUCUGAAACUAGAAUAUCUUUAUGGAGGUAAAUUUAAACCAGAGCCCUCCAUUAUUCACCCAAGUUAUGCAGGUCGGAUAACAGCACUCAUUUCUCCCAUAAACACUCACUCUCUGCUUUUGAUGAACAUCACUGACACUGAUCUCAUACUCUACUGCUGCAUGGACUUCACACUUGAACAAUCUCACUGCACAAAACUGGACUAUCAAGAUUUCAGCAUUGAAGAUGUUGAUCAGGAUACAGAUACUAUCAGUCAUGAAUCAGAGAUCGUCUUAUGGCUGCCUGUCGUCUGUGUGCUUCUGCUACUGUUACUGGUGUCAUGUGUCUAUGUGUGUUGGAGAGGAACAGGACUGUGGAAAGGUUGUGGAAGAACUAAUAACCUGAACCAGGACUGGAUUCACAAUAGUGCUCAGGGGAAACUGGAACAAGAUGAUUGGACACUGGCUGACGUUUUUUAUACACUGAUACCUUAAUUGAUUAUUUCAAAAUUCUUUUAUUCACUUAUCUUCAUCUUUUGUCUUAUUUAAUACAAUGUGUCUCUUUGGUAAUCAGAGUAGUUUUAUAACCCCUUUUUUCAGAUGUGCUUCAAUGUGCAGAUGCAGAGAUUGCUAUGAAUUGUAUGUUUAACACUUAACUGUUUAUGUCAAUGCUUUAUGAUAUUUUCUGCCACUUUAAAUGUCUAACUUAUGCACAUGAAUAAUGACAAUACUUGCAAUGGCCUAUACUCUUGUAUUUUAUUGUGACUAUAUGGUAUCAAAAAGCUCCUCUCUCACAGCAGCCUUUUAACAAUGUUUCCUGUCUGUGAUUGUUGACUAAAUGUAGCUCUUGUGCCAGCAUUUAAAAAAGCAAGUCGUCUCACGCACAUUGAACAGAGACACUCUAUUUAGACAAAUACUUCUAAUA